GUCAGUUCACCACUGAUUUUCGAGGACUCGAUGGCGUGGUCAAGACUUGAGGAGCUUGACCCGCUCAUGAGAGAGGACUUCGCUUGGAUGCCUCUACCCUCGACCAGAACCUUGCCAAGGAUGCAUUCCAACGCCUUGAUGGCAAAUCUACGCUCCUAUUUGCACACUACAGUACCAGCUCCGUUGACGGACGACGGGGCCGCAGUUGUCGAUCUCCGCUCCCAUCUUGUGAAGAUUGACCGCGAGUACGCCACCCAAAGGUAUGCCGAAACCGACGCUCCUUUGCUCUAUAUCCGCAUUCAAAUCGGAAAGGCAACCUGUAGUGCCUUGAUUGAUUGCGGAGCGUCUCGCAACUUUAUUAGCCAAGCCUUUAUGGCCUGCGCCGGCCUUGGCCUGCGCGUUCGAAGGAAGACGCAACCCACGCAAGUUACACUCGUGGACGACCGCACACAAAAGUCAAUUGACCGAUGCGUCGACGGCGUUCCGGUAUACUUUGCGCCACUUGCGUGCGAGCCGGUGUCUUUGGACAUCCUCGACACCAAGUUCGACAUGAUUCUAGGCAUGUCUUGGUUGUGUAGCGCCGAUCAUCCGGUGAACUUCCACGACCGGACCGUUCACAUCCGUGAUCGGAGCGGAGUGUUAGUCCCAUGUACGGUCGGGACCCCUCACACUUCGAUUGCUUGUCGCGUGGUUUCCGUUGCGAGAAUUUGCGACGCCAUAGCUCGGAAUGAUGUCGAGGAGAUGGGCCUUGUAUUCUUGCAUGCUCUCCCCUCGCCGGACGGACCAGCCGCGUCACCGUCGGGCCCACGCAUUGCUCACCUCUUGGAUGAGUAUAGAGACGUCUUCAAGGCUCCCACCGAAACAGUUCCGGAUCGGCCCAUACGUCACGCGAUCACUCUCGAGGCUGGCGCCGUCCCUCCGCGUGGAUGUAUAUACCGCAUGAGCGAAGAGGAACUCGAGGUGCUUCGCGUACAACUCGAUGACCUUCUCGACAAGGGCUGGAUUCGCCCUAGUUGUUCACCCUACGGUGCCCCUGUUCUCUUCGUCUGGAAGAAGAACAAAGAUCUACGGUUAUGCAUCGAUUAUCGCAAACUUAACGCAAAAACCGUAAAGAACGCCGGCCCUCUCCCUCGGAUUGAUGAUCUCCUUGAGCGGUUAGGCAGCGCCACGUACUUCUCGAAGUUGGACUUGAAGUCGGGUUAUCACCAGAUCGAAAUCCAGCCUCAAGAUCGGUACAAAACCGUGUUCAAGAUGCGAUACGGGCAUUUCGAGUGGGUUGUCAUGCCAUUUGGCCUCACCAAUGCCCCCGCGACUUUCCAAGCAGCUAUGACAACUGAGUUUCGCGACUUGCUCGAUCGCAGCGUCCUCAUCUGCCUCUACGGCAUCUUGGUUUAUAGUAGGACGUUGGACGAGCACAUCGUACACCUUCACGAUGUUUUGGAACGUUUGCGACUGGCCAAGUACAAAGCGAACCUCGACAAGCUGAAGAAGGAGGCAGAAGAGCAGCUCAAGCUGCAACAGGCNGAACAACCUUCUACCUCCAUUACCCCCCCUCCACCUCUGACUGCUACUCAGAGGCUGAAGAAGGAGGCAGAAGAGCAGCUCAAGCUGCAACAGGCCAGAGUAGCUGAAUUGGCACGGCAGGAGGCUGUUGAGCUAGAGGCUACAACAGAUCACUCGAGGAGGGAGUAUCUGUUGCAGCAGCUAGAGAGGUCACUCACUGAUGACCGUUGUGCCCAAAUCACCAAGCAUAUGGCUGAGAUGAUCCUGCUGGAGCACAAGAUCACCAACUCCCAGUUCACAAACUGGGAUGACCGUUUUGUGCGGCUGGAGCGUCGGUUCCCUCCAGUGCUGCAGAUUCACCUAUCUUCAUCUACUCAGGUAGGUGAAUCUGCAGUUGUUUCAGUUGAGACUAAUGAUGAUGAUGUGUAUUUGGGGGCUGCGCGGGCAGCAUCCUUUUGUUAUGAGGAUCCUGACCCAGAUCAGGACCCAGGGCAGGAUGAGCUUCAGUCUAUUGCAGCCUUCUUCUUUCAUCUGAAGGAACAAAAGAAGAGCAAGUCUGAACUCAUCAUGCUCCGACCACUGAUCAACAGCACCAGGAUCACUGGGUCGUUGGACUGUGGGGCCACCAGGAACUUCAUGUCUCCCAGUGCAGUUAAAAAGCUGCACUUGGGCAUGAAAGUUCAGCAGCUGCAGCAACCGCUGCUGGUGCGAAUUGGUGACUCUACAGUAAUCAGCAUCAGGGAGAAGGUCAAGGGCAUCCCUGUGACCUUCGAUACUGCAGGAAAAGUCAGACAUAGUCUGAACUUUUACAUCUUCCGCGAGCUUCCCUUUGACUUGGUGUUCUCCAUGCAGUGGUUGAGGGCAGUCAACCCUAGGAUCGACUGGCAGAUACCUAGAGUUGAACUACCAGACAACCAGGGGGUGUAUCAGCAAUGCAUGAUUGCUGCUGAACACCUCCCUAAGACCUCCUGCUACUGCCUGAGAGCGAGGGAGUUUCAUGCUCUCUCUCUCCAGUACCACCAUGAGCGUCUAUUUAUUGCUUUGGUCAAGCAAACAGAUGCUCCCCAUGUUUCCUGUCCCCCUGAGAUACAGCAGGUGGUAGAUCAGUAUGCUGAUCUGAUGCAGGAGCCCUUUGGAUUACCCAACCGGCCAACCAAGCAUCACAUUGAGCUGCUGCCUGGAGCGGUUCCUCCCAAGGGCCGCAUCUACAGGAUGUCCCCUGAUGAGCUUGAGGAGCUCAGAAAGCAGCUUGAGACCCUGAUCAGCAAAGGCUGGAUCAGACCUAGCACAUCUGAAUUCGGUGCACCUGUUCUCUUUGUACGCAAAGGGAACGACGAGUUCAGGAUGUGCAUUGACUACAGGGGCCUCAACAAGAUCACUAGGAAGAGUACUGAGCCACUUCCUAGGAUCGAUGACCUCCUGGACAUGGUGCAGGGCUGCAUAGUGUUCAGCAAAGUCGACCUCAAGUCUGGCUACCACCAGAUUGAGAUGGCAGAAGAGGAUGUCUACAAGACAGCCUUCAAGACCAGGUAUGGGACUUAUGAGUUCCUGGUCAUGCCAUUUGGACUUUGCAAUGCCCCGGGCACUUUCCAGACAGAGAUGCACCUCAUCUUCAGGCCUUACCUGGACAAGUUUAUGGUUGUCUACCUGGAUGAUAUCUUGGUAUUCAGCAAAACUGCCAGGGAACAUGCGGAGCACUUGGCUCUAGUUCUUCAGUCGUUACGUGACAGCCAGUACAAGAUCAACAGAGAGAAGUCCUCUUUUGGAGUUCCCUCUGUCAUCUACCUGGGUCAUGUAAUCUCUGGAGAUGGCCUGGCUCCUGAGGCAGCCAAGAUUGCUGCUAUUCAGGAGUGGCCUCAGCCUCAGACAGUGAGGGAUGUCCGAUCCUUCAUGGGUUUGGCCUCCUACUACAGAAAGUUUGUCAGGAACUUUUCUGCAGUGGCUGCACCCCUGACUAACCUCACAAAGAAGGACACUCCCUUUCUUUGGUCCCUCCACUGCCAGUUGGCCUUCACACGACUCAAGAAGGCCUUGACUCGUGCGCCUGUACUGAAGUUACCUGACCCCACUCUGCCAUUCAUCCUGACCACUGACGCCAGUCAGUAUGGCAUUGGGGCAGUUCUUCAGCAGGAUGAUGGGAAUGGUCUACGGCCUGUAGAGUUUAUGAGUAAGAAGAUCAAGACUCAAAAGCUCCAGGACUCCACGUACGAGAAAGAGCUUUAUGCUCUUGUCUGUGCCCUGAAACAUUGGAAGCACUUCCUCCUGGGCAGGCACUUCAAGAUCUUUUCAGAUCACUCCACUCUACAGUGGAUGAAGUCCCAAGGAGAGUUGAACGAUAAGCUGGCACGGCGGCCUUCCCCCAUCCGCACUGGUGACCAUGUCUGGGUGGCCAGCUCUAGGCUGUCGAGGGAGGAGGAUCUCUCUCCCAAGUUGUUGCCACGUUACCUGGGUCCAUGGCAGGUCGCUGAUCGCUUCGGUCCGUUGUAUGUCAUUGACGUUCCGCUGCAUCUACGCACCUACCCGGUCUUCCAUGCUUCCAAGCUGCUGCCUUUUAUGCCAGCUGAUGCAUUCCCAGACCGGCCCCCUCAAUUCGGUCCACCGAUCCCUGGCAAGGGAUAUGACGUGGAAUGGAUUGAGGACGAGUGGGGCACAGGCCCCGACCGGCAGUAUCUUGUCAGGUUCGCUUUUCAGCCCCCUUCUGAGAACCGAUGGUUCUACAGAAGAGACCUGCUCAAGACAGCAAAGUCAGUUGUAUUGCGAUAUGAAGCGGCUCAUAAGGGCAACCUUCCUCGCCGUUCACCUCGCCUACACCCCUAGCUCGGAGGUCCUCGCUCCCGGGGGGGGUAAGCCUGCAAUGACUUGCUGAUUUCUACUGCCGAGAUUGCCUGCGAGGUUGU